UUUGUUGAUAAUGGAGACUGGAGAUUUGAAAAUCGAUAUCACUACGAAGACGUACAGUCAAACUCAAACCUCAUCUUUACCCCUGAGCCUCAACAUUGUUUGCAUCAAUCUCUGUCAACAAUUCGAGAGGUUUGUGAUUGACAAAUCCGAUGGAAGCGUCACCUUUACUGGAUUUUAUCCAGCACCUUCUCUCCCUAUCUCUCAAAUUCUUUUGAAUCUCUUAAACUACGAGUUCACUACGUUUCAUAUCUUUCCGCUUCUCAAUUCCCGUCUCCAUGAUCCUUCCUUGUCCGAAUAUAUCGCUGAGGUAAUCGCUGCUCGAGCGAGUCUAAGCGUUGGGAUUUUACAACCGUUGUUCAUGUCCGUUAACGUAGUUUUUACGCAAGAAGUGUUCUCAGUGAUUCCUGUUUCUUGUCUUCCCAAAGAAGAAACUCAAGAAGAAGAGGACGAAUCAACAUGUUCGAUAUGUUUGGAGGAUUUUUUGAACUAUGGCGACAAAGAUGAUAAGAGAAUAAUAAAGUUGCCAAAUUGUUCGCAUCUAUUUCAUAUAGUAUGUAUCUUCGAAUGGUUAAUGAGGUGUAAUUCUUGCCCUCUCUGCCGUCGAAUUAUUAUCGAGGAGAGUCAAUAUACUUGUAUAAUGGAGUCUGAAAUCUGAAUAGUCUAUGCUUUGUGUUCUAAUGUAUUGCAAUUGAAAUUGUUUUUGCUGCAGGACAUGUAAUGAAACUAUUUAGAUUCGUAAAGUUUGUUGUUUUAGUAAAAACAUAAUGAAAACUCUGCUCACAUUAUAAAGUCUUCUUCUUUUCAUGUUACUCAUAAAUUAGAGAAAAUAACAUCCAGUGCAGGUUUAGACAAACAACAUUACCAAGAUAAAAAAAAGUUCGAAUAUUGUACAUCUUACUAAUAUCAUUGAUAGCCUGAAGAAGCUGUGCCAGUGUUGCCCCGAGCUGGGCUAGGGCUGUGACUUGAGUUUGGGUUUGGGUAAAUGGGCAUUCGAAUGUGACUAUUAAUGAUACACUUGCAAAAAAAAUGUUGUUUGGAAGAUAUUUUUACAGAAACCCAUUAUAAUAAAUAACAUCAACAGUCGAUUGUCUCUUUGUACCUCAUCAUCUUCUUUUGACGAUUUCAUAUCUCUUGUUUCUCUGCUUUGAUUUGCUGACAAUGGAGGCUGGUAUUUAAGCAGCUCCUCUUACCGUCAGUCAAAUCCUUUUCAAAUAUAUUUGACCAUGAAUUCACUCUGGUGCAUCUCUUUCUGCUCAUCAAUUACCGUCUCCAAGAUUCUCCCUUGUCCCCAAUGUAUCGCUGAGAUUAUUGCUGCUCAAGCGGUUCGAAACAUUGGAACGUUGGGG